AUGGCGACCACGGCAACCGUCGUAGACGAAGCGCAGCCAUUGCUUGGAAACGAGUCGUUGAGAUACGAUGGCGCCAACGGCAAGAACAGACAGGCGGACAUUGUCGACUUUGACCCCGAGGGCGACGAGGAGAACCCAAUGGACUGGCCGACGGCAUACAAAUGGGGAAUUGUAGCUCUGUUGGCAUUCAUGGCUUUCACAGUCACCUUCACAUGCAUCUCACUUGUGCCCGUGGCCAAUGAAAUCAUCAAGGACAUUGGCGGCAAGGAAAACAAGUCGGCCAGUGUUCUACUUGUCACCAUUUGGGAGCUUGGCGAAGCUGCAGGACCGCUGUUCAUCGCACCCCUGUCAGAAGUGUUUGGUCGAUAUCCCGUGCUGAACAUCGCAAACAUCGGCUUCGUCGGCGUGACUCUGAUGGCUUCCUUCUCACCGAGCGUGGGUGUCCUCAUUGCUGCAAGAUUCCUCACUGGCCUGAGUGUAUCAUCCAACGUCCUGAACCCUGCGAUCGUCGGAGAUAUGUUUAUCAGCGAACACAGGGGUGCUGCAAUGAGUUGCAUCAUGGUCUGCCCGCUGCUUGGCGGUGCUUUCGGUCCUGCAAUUGCAGGAGCCAUCGCAGAUAACCUUGGCUGGCGACCCGUCCUAUGGAUUUGUGCGACAAUUGCGGGCGUUUGCGAGCUUCUCCUCCUGACCUGCUUCCGAGAAACCUUCAAAGUCCCCAUCCUGCGCCGCCGAGCCGCCAGACUGCGAAAAGAGACCGGAAACGAAAACCUCAAAUCUAAUUUCGAGAUCACAAACCAGAACUCUACAGCUCAGAUCUGGGAGUCCAUCAUGAGGCCAGUGGUCAUCUUCGCCAGCUCUGGCGUCCUCCAAGCCAUGUCUAUCUUCGGCAGCGUCUCAUUCACCUUCUUCUACGUGGUGUCCACGACACUGCCGGACAUAUGCAAGGAGUUCUACGGCCUCAAUCCCACGGAAACGGGCUUUGUCUUCAUCUCGUCCAGCGUCGGAUCACUCAUCAGCGUGGUAAUUUGCAACCGCCUCCUCGAUCGAAUAUACAUCCACCUCCGUGACACACAUAAAGGUGUUGGUCUACCCGAAUACCGCUUGCCCCUGGUCAUCGUCGGCGGUUUCACGAUCCCUCUCUGCGCGGCCUUCUACGGCUGGGUGCCCGCGUUGCAUCUCCCUCUAACCGCUUGCCUCGCUGCCGUCGCGCUGAUGGGGGCAACGGGCAUGCUAGGAUUCCUGCCCGUCAUGUCUUACGUCGUGGAUGCCUUUGGACUGUACAGCGCGAGCGCGAUGACUGCCAUCAUCGUUGUAAGGUGUCUGAUGGGUACAUUCCUGCCCCUCGUUACGCAGCCGCUUGUGGAGAGACUUGGAUGGGGUUGGGCGUUUACGGUGCUUGGAGCUUUUACGAUGUGCCUUGCGCCGAUUCCUGCGCUGGCUAUGAGGUAUGGGGCGAAAUGGAGACAGAGGAGUAGCUAUACGAAGGCGGAAUGA